AUGUAUAUCAAGUCCAUGGUUGUAGAUGGCUUCAAGUCUUAUGCACAGAGAACAGAAAUCAACGGGUUUGAUCCGCUUUUUAACGCCAUAACUGGGUUAAAUGGAAGUGGUAAAUCCAACAUCUUGGAUGCGAUUUGUUUUUUGCUGGGAAUAACAAACUUGACACAUGUAAGAGCUGGUAAUCUUCAAGAUUUGGUGUAUAAAUGUGGACAAGCUGGUGUUUCUAAAGCUACAGUUAGUAUUACUUUUGAUAAUAAAGAUAAGAAGCAAAGUCCUUUUGGAUAUGAGCAGUAUGAAGAAAUUACAGUUACCCGUCAGGUUGUUAUUGGUGGAAGAAAUAAAUACCUUAUCAAUGGUAGUAAUGCCAAUAAUACUAGAGUUCAGGAUUUAUUUCACUCAGUUCAACUUAAUGUUAAUAAUCCACAUUUUCUCAUUAUGCAAGGCCGAAUUACCAAAGUCCUCAAUAUGAAGCCCCCAGAGAUUUUAUCUUUAAUUGAAGAAGCUGCUGGUACUAGACUGUAUGAAUCUAAGAAGGAGUCAGUAAAGAAAACCAUUGAGAAAAAAGAUGCUAAAUUACGAGAAAUUGAAUCUGUACUUAAUGAAGAUAUAACACCAACAUUAAGUAAAUUAAGAGAAGAAAGGUCAUCAUAUUUAGAAUAUCAGAAGAUUAUUAGAGAAUUAGAUCAUUUGAAUAAGUUGUAUAUUGCUUAUACUUAUGUCUGUGCUGAGGAGAAGAAGAAACGGUCUCAUGAUGAACUCAAUGAAAUAACAGAACAAACAGAAAGUUUGAAAACUAAAAUUACUAAUUUAGAAAGACUGAUUACUGAUAUAACAGAAUCUAUUGUAGAGUUAGAGAAGAAGAGAGAUGAGGCAUCAGGAAGUGCUAUGGAGAAAUGUGAAAGUGUCCUGAAAGAAAAGCAGAAAGAAUUUACCUUAUGUCAGAGUGGUAUUGAGAGGAAGAAAGAAAGUUUAAAAGCUGAAGAGAAGAAGAAGAAACAGUUGAUGAAGAAUUGUGAUGAGGAUAAGAAAACAUUAAAUGCACACAGUAAACAACUAGAGAGUGUUGAUGACUCAUUAAGUAAGUUAAAAGAAGAAAAAGAAGCGAGUGAAGAAAGUUAUAAAGCUGCUCAGAAACAUCUACAUGCUGUAACUGUUGGGUUAUCAUCUAAUGAUGAUGGUAAUGAUGCUUCAUUAACAGACCAGUUAAUUUCUGCUGAAGAUGAGAUAAGCACUGCUAAUACUGAUAUAUUGUCAGCUCAAAAUAAAUUGAAGCAUUUUGAGAAGGAAUUAAAACAACAAGAAAGUGGUAUAAAACAUGGAAAAGAUGAUUAUAAAAAAGACCAGACUUUAUUAGAAAACAUCAAACAACAUAUGACUAAAUUAGAGAAUGAGAUUAAGAAAACUGGAUAUGAAGAAGGUCAAGAAGAAAAAUUAGCAACCGAAAGAAGAAAUUUAAUAAAGGAAGUUGAGGGUUUGAAUGGAAAAUUACACAUGUUACAAUCUAGAUUUCCUCAUUUAAAUUUUGAAUAUAGCAAUCCAGAAAGUAAUUUUGAUAGAAGUAAGGUUAAGGGUUUAGUUUGUAAAUUGAUUCAAGUCAAAAAUGAAAGAACAGCAACGUCAUUAGAAGUAGCUGCUGGUGGAAAGCUGUAUAAUGUUGUAGUUGAUACUGAAGUCACUGCUAAAAAAUUACUACAGAAAGGAGAAUUAAAGAAACGUUACACAUUUAUACCUAUAAAUAAGAUUUCAUCAAGAUCAAUUGAUCCUCAAAUUGUAAAGAAAGCUGAAAAUUUGGUUGGUAAAGAAAAUGUAAGUACAGCAUUAAGUUUAGUUGGAUAUGAGAAAGAUUUACAAACAGCUAUGCAGUAUGUAUUUGGUAGUUGUUUUAUUUGCCCUGAUAUGGAUACAGCUAAGAAAGUCACAUAUAAUGAUGGUGUAUUGAAGAAAACUGUUACAUUUGAUGGUGAUUCUUUUGAUCCAGCUGGUACAUUAACUGGAGGUGCUCGAAAACAAAACUCUGGUAUCUUACAAAAAUUACAAGAAAUAAAAGAAGUAGAAGACGUAUUAAAAGGAAAAGAAAGUGAAGUGAAGAAUAUUGAUAAUGAAUUGACUAAUCUUAAAAAGAAUAGUGAAAGAUAUGUUCAGUUUAAAAGAGAAUAUGAUUUAAAGAAACAAGAAGCUGAUUUAGUUAGUAUUAAGUUGGAACAAAAUACACAUCAUAAACAAUUACAAGUUGUCAAUAGUAUAAAGGAAUCUAUAGCUGAACAGAAGAACAUCCAGACUGAAUCAGAAGAAAAGAAGAAAAAAGCAACACAGAAAGUAAAGGAAUUAAAGAAUAAAUUACAAAAUGCUAAAGCUGUACGUGAAAAUGAAUUGAAGGAAGCAGAAGAUAAAUUAAGUAAAGCUAAAAAGAAAAUGGAGGAUUAUGGUAAAAAGUUAAAAGAUAAACUUCAGGAUAUUGAUGGUGUCAAAUUAGAAGCUGAAGAAUUAAAGAAAGAAAUAUCUAAUAAUGAGAAUCAGUUAAAAGCUACAGAAGAAGCUAUUGAAGAAUUGAAGAAAGAAAUAGAAGAACUAUUAGAGGGCUGUGAUGAACAAAAGUUGGCAGUGACUCAGGCUCAAGAGGAUGUCAAUAAACAGAAAGAAUUAUUAAAAUCUAGAAAUAAAGAAAUAACAGAGAAAGUAGGAGAACAACGCAAUAAACAGAAAGAAUUGAAGGCAGCUCAGUUAGAAAUUCAAGAUCUAGAACAUAAAAUCAGUAAACAUCAGAAAGAUACUAGAGAUGCUGUUAAAUUGGUUGAAAGUAUGUUACAAGAAUAUGAUUGGAUUGCUGAAGAAAAGAAAUAUUUUGGUCAGCCCAACACCAGUUAUGAUUUUAAAGUUAAUGAUCCUAAGGAAGCUGAAAGAAGAAUUAGUAAUUUAACUGCUACUAAAGAGAAAUUGUCAAAGAAUGUUAAUAUGAGAGCUAUGAAUAUGUUGGGUAAAGCUGAAGAACAGUAUAAUGAUUUGAUAAAGAAAAGACAAAUAGUUUUGAAUGAUAAAGCUAAAAUAGCAUCAGUUAUAAUUGAAUUAGAUGAGAAAAAGAAUGAGGCAUUGAAAAAAGCUUGGUCACAAGUCAACAAGGAUUUCAACUCUAUUUUCUCAUCACUAUUACCUGGUACUCAAGCUAAACUAUCACCACCAGAUGGUAAAACUGUUCUUGAUGGUUUAGAAGUUAAAGUAGCUUUUGCUGAUGUUUGGAAAGAAUCACUGAGUGAACUUAGUGGUGGUCAGAGAUCAUUGGUGGCCCUGUCUCUUAUUUUAUCAUUAUUAUUAUUUAAACCAGCACCAAUAUAUAUCUUAGAUGAAGUUGAUGCUGCUCUAGAUUUAUCUCAUACUCAAAACAUCGGUCAAAUGAUAAAGAGUCAUUUCCAACAUUCUCAGUUUAUUGUGGUAUCAUUGAAAGAUGGUAUGUUUACUAACGCCAAUAUCUUAUUUAAAACUAAAUUUAUUGAUGGUGUAUCUACAGUUACUCGUCAUGUUCAACAGACAUCUAAACCUAAUGCUAUCACAGCUAAUAAACAAAAAGAAAAACAGAAACAAAGAAAAGAACUUGCUUGAAGAAUAAUUCUGUAUACCAUGUAUAUAUGAGUAUAGUGCUUGUUAGAUAUUAUGUAAUCAGUAGAAUAAACAUUAAUAUAAGCAUU